AUGGCCGACGAUGGCUGGACCCAAGUCCCGCGCAAAUCCAAGCCCGGCGUCAACUUCAGUCGUCACCUCCCGGCGUCCCAGACGCCGACGACGACGACGACGACGACAUCAAACAUCGACCGCACGAACCCUCCUUCGCGAGACAUCACACUUGCUCAGAUCACCGCCGACUACCAGCGAAAGCUCAAGACGUGGCAGCAGAGUCAAUGCCGGUCAGCGACACUGCGAAUCCUAGAUCGCAUACGACCUGACAGUGGAUGGAAUAUACGUACAGCAGUAUGUCUGGCAAGUGGCAGCUUCAGCAGAGACAACCUGGAAUGCAGGAGGAGGAGUAUGUGGCAGAUCGUUGUCUUUAUAGACCUUGCGAAGCAUUUCGUAGAGGGUGUGAAGGUGGUCGCGCAAGAGCCUGCGUACACAGAUUUGGAUCGAGUGUUUCUGCAGACAUUGCAUAUUGAAGCACUGGAAGUGGAUUUUGAGAAGGGCAGUGGACUCGGACAAGCGGGGAAACAUCUCGGGAAAGAGGCAUUCGUCUUCGAGCCGUUCCUAGAUAUGGAUGCGGUCAUGAUGAAGGAGAUCGUUGAGGCAGAUGUGGCACUGUAUGUCGGAAGUUCCAUACGGGGGUUAAUGAGCAGGACGAACGAGGUGGGUGCGUUGGCGAAGAAGUUCAGCGAGUCGCAUAGGAUGUACAACUUCCCCGAAUUCGAGGUGGAUCCGAAUGUGCUGGGUGGGAUGGGCAUAUAUUGGAAGGAGGAGCAGGAGGAUGAAACGUGA